AUGGACCGGGGGUUGAAGGUGGAUCGAGGUGUGGCGUUCGCAUCCCAACGGCGUGCCGUUUCGAAGCGCGAAGCACGGUUUCCACGCCCAGAUUUCUUCGUAAUCGGGUGGCAGCUCAACACUGACGGCCACACUAUCAUUGUAGCAAAAACACGGUCUGCAUCAGCUUGGUCCUUGAAGGCUGGCUUGUGGGAUUCUCUCAGAUCUGGCUUUUUGAAGAGUAACAACAGUACAGAUACAGUAGAGCCACCACCAGCACCACUUGAAGUGGAAGAACCUUUGCCUGUGGAAAUAGUACUCCUAGAAAGAACACUACUUGACGGAAGCACAGAACAGAUUUUAUUUUCUUCAGCUGGAGAUGUUGAUGUAUAUGAUCUCCAAGCCUUAUGCGAUAAGGUAGGAUGGCCGCGCAGGCCUCUAUCAAAGAUAGCAGCCUCAUUAAGAAACAGCUACUUGGUUGCUACACUACAUUCAAUAAUUAGAUCUUCAGAAACAGAGGCAGAAGAGAAGAAACAGCUCAUUGGGAUGGCACGAGCAACCUCAGACCAUGCCUUCAAUGCUACAAUUUGGGAUGUUCUUGUUGAUCCUUCGUACCAGGGUCAGGGUCUUGGUAAAGCACUCAUGGAGAAAGUAAUUCGUACUUUGCUCCAGAGAGACAUCAACAACAUUACACUGUUUGCAGAUAAUAAAGUUAUAGAUUUCUACAAGAACUUGGGAUUUGAAGUUGAUCCUCAAGGCAUCAAGGGCAUGUUCUGGUACCCCAGAUUUUAA